AUGUUUACCAAGUCUCUGUUUAAUCUGGAGUCCAAUAUAUAAGAAACAACUGUAGAGUGGCGACACGCAAAGCGACAGGCACUGUGGAUCUGCCAAGAAUCCGCAACGUCACUCGGGUGGAACACUUCCGCCGUGAGUCGGGAGGAAGGGUAUAUAAGCACACGAUGCCAAUCAGCGAGCACAAUUUGCCAAGUGUCGGCGAUCUUCGUUCUUUCCUAUUGGAUACCUUUUGCAUCUUCAUAUUUGUUAUUAAGACGUAGUUGUCUCCGCAGAUCUGUCUCGAUAAGGCUGAGCCUACAAACUGAAGAACAGAGUUUUUAGAAUAGUCCUAGGAUGUUUGCACCGGGCAUCUAGAUCACUACCCUACAGCGGUUAUUUCAUAACCGGCCAUCAACGCGCUGACACAGAAGAUCGAGCAAUAUCGCUUCUGAGGGGAAACCAUCGUCCUUCAAGAAAACCUUCAGCUUGGAAAUUGCGCAGCAAAGUGCUUAUUUCACUUCAAGAUGUCUUAUGCUUUAAUAUCGAUUAUAUUUUGUAGUCAAAUUGGAAGUAUAGUUACAGCGCGAUCGCCUGACCCCCUCAAUCCUGAACUUAACCUAAGAUCCAAACAACAUGUCAUUAAAAUUAAUCAGACACUACACGUGGCAUGCAGGGGAUCAUCACCAAUAUCAUGGUCCUGGCCAGACCAUGUCAUGAAUGGGACUGAAAGAAUAAGUAUAAUUAACUUUAAUAGUGAGGACCACAAGAAACCAUAUUGUAGUAACCUGACUUUGAGUGAUGCCCAGGCUAAAGAUACGGGUUAUUUCUAUUGCAAUACCUCAUCUUCAAACAUUAAACAAAGAAAGACUGCAAUUUAUAUAUUCGUAAAGGAUAAACACAAUCCAUUUGUCAAGCAAUACGCAGAAGUUCCCAAAGUUCUGUACGUGAUAGUAGGACAAAGGCUACUUAUUCCAUGUAGGACUACAGCCCCACAUUUCAAUGUCACUUUGAAACUGAAUGAUCAUUCCUUGACAAUUGAUGGAAAGAAGGUAAUGUGGGACAGCAAACAAGGCUUUGUUAUUCCAAGAACCACGCUCAAUUUUACUGGACUGCUAUCUUGUGAAACCACUGUGAAUGGAAAUACUUUUUAUUCUUAUUACUUAACACACAGGAAAGUCAACAGGAUCAACAGUGUACAGCUCAAUGUGACCAGUCCAGUCAAGAUGCUAAGUGGAAGAACGCUCGCUAUAAAAUGCACUGUGACCACAGAACUGAAUUCAAGAGUUGCGAUUAACUGGGAUUUCCCAGGCAAAGGAAACAGAAACAAUUCCAUCUUAAAAAGGAUUGACCAGUCAGAUCAUAUGAUAAAUACGUUCUACAGCACCCUUGUUAUAGAUAAAGUGCUCACAUCAGACAAAGGGAAUUACAUUUGUCAAGUAAGAAAUGGGGAUACUGGGAAGAAAAGGAAAGCAACUGUCAAUGUUUAUGAAAAACCAUUUAUCAGUGCCAGAUGCCGGAAAUCAUGUGUUGCUGAAGUGCUUGCUGGUCAGGCAGUCUACCAUUUCCCAAUAAAGGUCAAAGCAUUUCCACCUCCGGAUGUUUUAUGGUUAAAGAAUGGACAGCCUAUUACUGAAAGAUCAAUUCGCUAUAACAUCACGGGCCAUGAACUAAUAAUAAGAGAUGUUUCAGAAGAGGAUGGUGGUAGCUAUAGCAUAAUACUGGAACUUAAACAAUGGAAGCUUUUCAAAAACAUCACAUUUACUCUCAAUGUAAAUGUAAAACCACAUAUAUGUGAAAAGGCACUGCCCACUCAGAACCUUGAUAUCUACCCAUUGGGCAGCAAACAGACUUUGUCAUGCACUGCCUAUGGCAUCCCUAUUCCUAGAAUUUUGUGGCUAUGGCAGCCUUGUGCCCAAAUUAGUUCAAAAGCACAAUGUGAAGCAUACUCAGAGACCAAAAGCAGCAUUGUUUCUCUGGCUCCACUUGGCAGCAGCACCAACGUAACUGGAAAUAAGAUUCACGUCAUUAAUGAAAGAGUAGAAUUACUGGAAGGGAAAAAUAAGACUGUCAGUGUCAUCGUGAUAGCUGAAUCUAACAUUUCUGGAAUUUAUCGUUGCUUGGCUUCAAACAAAGUUGGAAAUGAUGAAAAAACUAUUAAUUUUUAUAUUUCAGAUGUGCGCAAUCAAUUUGGAUUUGAGAUUGGCAUAGGACAUCAUGCGUUACCAACAGAGGGUGAUGAUCUGACUCUUUACUGCCGAGCCAAUAAAUUUCUAUACUCAAAUGUUGCUUGUCGUCUUCUGUGUAAGGACAAUCAUACGUUGUAUAAUCUCAGCAGUGUGAGUGAAAUAACCACCAAAGAAUAUUCGAUUGCUCUGAACUUUACCAUCAAAAAUGUGAGUCAGGAUCAAUCUGGAACUUAUGAAUGCACAGCCAGAAAUAUUAUCACUCAGAAAAAUACAGUUCAGAAGCAAGAGGUGUAUGUUAUCGCUCAGGAAGCUCCAUACCUUCUUUAUAACCUAAGUGACCGUGAAGUAAACAUCAGUAGUUCCAUUUUGUUGGAAUGUCAAGCCGAGGGAAGACCAGUGCCACGUAUCACAUGGUACAAAAACAAUCAAAGGUUACACAUUGAAUCAGGUAUUACUCUGGGACCAGGAAACAGAAUGUUAAUUAUUGAAAGAGUCAUCGAAGAGGAUGAAGGCUUAUACCGGUGCCAGGCGACUAACAGGAAAGGCUUUGUGGAGACUUCUGCUUACAUCACUGUUCAAGGGUCAACAGAGAACUCAAACAUGGAGCUGAUCACCCUGACAUGUACCUGUGUAGCUGCUGCUCUUUUCUGGCUUCUCCUGACUCUCUUCAUUCGGAAACUCAAAAAGCCUAGAUCUGCAGAGACAAAAACUGACUACCUGUCAAUCAUAAUGGACCCAGAUGAAGUACCCCUUGAUGAGCGAUAUCUCCCUUACGAUGACAAUAAAUGGGAAUUUCCUCGAGACAGACUAAAGCUAGGUAAAGCUCUUGGCCACGGGGCUUUUGGGAAGGUGGUGGAAGCUUCUGCUUUUGGCAUCAAUAAAUCAGCCACAUGUAAAACCGUUGCCAUUAAAAUGCUGAAAGAGGAUGCCACAGCCAGUGAACAUAAAGCUUUAAUGUCAGAACUAAAGAUCUUGAUUCAUAUCGGAAACCAUCUAAAUGUUGUGAAUUUGCUGGGAGCAUGCACCAGACAUGGAGGUCCUUUGAUGGUGAUUGUUGAAUACUGUAAAUACGGCAAUCUCUCCAACUAUCUUCAGACCAAGAGGCAUAAAUUUGUGUUGCACAAGGUGAAUGAAACUGCAUUACAAGCAGAUCACAUUCAAGAAAAGAUCCCUAUGGAGGGGAAAAAGAGACGGCUGGCUAGUGUUACAAGUUCUGAGAGUUCCACCAGCUCUGGAUUUGAUGAAGAUAAAACUCUAAGUGAUGUUGAAGAGGAAGAGGAGGAUGCUGAUGACUUAUUCAAGCAAACAAUGACCAUGGAGGAUCUGAUCAGUUACAGCUUUCAAGUGGCUCGAGGCAUGGAAUUCUUAGCAUCAAGAAAGUGCAUUCAUCGAGACCUGGCAGCAAGAAAUAUCCUUUUGUCUGAGAACAAUGUAGUGAAGAUCUGUGACUUUGGACUUGCACGAGAUAUUUAUAAAGAUCCUGAUUAUGUACGAAAGGGAGAUACAAGGCUCCCUCUCAAAUGGAUGGCCCCCGAAUCUAUAUUUGACAAAGUUUACAACACUCAAAGUGAUGUCUGGUCUUACGGAGUUUUACUGUGGGAAAUAUUUUCCUUAGGUGCAUCGCCAUACCCAGGAGUCCAGAUCGAUGAGGAAUUUUGCCGAAGAUUAAAAGAGGGCACAAGGAUGCGAGCUCCCGACUAUUCAACUCCAGAAAUCUACCAAACAUUGCUCGACUGCUGGCACAGUGAUCCCAAACAGCGGCCAACUUUCACAAAGCUUGUGGAGAGACUCGGAGAUUUAUUACAAGCAAAUGUUCAGCAGGAUGGAAAGGACUACACCCCGCUGGGAGACAUGCUGGUAUCAAAUAGGUUUAAUUUUUCAGUCCCAACAUCACCAGACUCGUGCUUGGGCGAAGAAAUGGAGAAUUCAAAAUUUAAUUAUAAAUGUACGGGAAGCUUUGGAUAUAUUAACACUCGUAUGAACAAACGGCCACAGAAUUUGGAGACAUUUGAAGAGUUACCACUUGAGCUUACAACAUUAACAGAUGAUUAUCAGACUGACAGUGGAAUGGUUUUAGCUUCAGAAGAAUUAAAGUGCCCGGUGUUGAUGAACAACAAGCCGAUGUGUCCACAGUAUUUUGGUUUGAAAACAAUGAGCAAAAGCAAAGAGUUGGUGUUAUCUGAAGCUAGCAUUUGGAUGAGCAUGUACAGCUCCGGUUACCAGUGUGAAGAGGAAGACAACAAGACACCUGCCCAUGACAGCUUCUGCUCUCGGAGUUCUGUAGAGUCAAAAAUGAGCUGCUGCAUCCCCCCACCAGACUACAACUCACUGGCUUUUUAUAUCUCCCCACCGGUUUAAAUGGCUGUUCCAUCAAUAUUUUUUUUUAAAUCAUCAUAUUCAGUGAUUUGCACUACAUCUUGAGGCAAACUUUAUUGUCAUUGCUGUUACCCAUAUCAAAACAUAAGUGUGCUGCCCACUACCUUCAUUGUUAAGUGUGUCAGAACCUUGUGUAGAUACAUUAAGCAUAGAUAAGCUAUCGUAUUUGGAGGUAACAUAACCCUUGAGUGAAGGAGGCAUUCCUAGUGAUGGAGUUGCUAUCACACAAAGCCGGCAGUUCUGAGUCUGUUACUGUACGACAGGUAUCGUUUCCAUGUUCUCCAGAAUGGACCCUGACCCAAUGAGUUACUCCAUCCUUUUGUUGUCAUUUGUUUUGUAAACCAGCAUCUGCAAUUCCUUGUUUCUAGGUAUAAUAACAACCAGCACUUAUGUGCUUGGGAAAAGGUUUGGAGUUAGUCAUAGAAUCAUACGCUGUGGAAAUAGGCCCUUUGACUCAACUUGCCAACACCGGCCAACAUGUCCCAUCUACACUAGUCCCACCUGCCAACGUUUUGCCCAUAUCUCUGCAAACGUGUCCUAUCCAUGUACCUGUCUAAAUGUUUCGUAAACGUUGUGAUAGUACCUGCCUCAACAACCUCCUCCAGCAGCUCGUUCCAUAUACCCAUCACCUUUUGUGUAAAAGAGUUACCCCUCAGAUUAAUAUUAUAUCUUUCCCUCCUCACCUUAAAUCUAUGUCCUCUGGUUCUCGAGUUCUCUUCACAUUAUCCCAGAAAACAUCUUCAAGAGCAGUGAAGACUGCAUUAAAUCCUUCUGUUGAUACUCCAGACACUGAGUAGACUGAGCAGGUAGCUUGUGGCAUAUCAGGCAGAGCUUUGUUACGGCUCUGUAACAUUUCUUUAUUACCCUCGUUAUUAUAAAUUAAAUUACAGGUACA